UUUUUUUUUUUUUUAUUUUGUUCAUUCUUUUUCAUAAAAAAAACAAACUUCUAGUAUAAAUAGUUCCAUUAAAACCUCUUUAAUAGAUUGUUUAUGAUACUUCAAAUACAAGCCUACAUUUAGACAGAUAUCUUCAUCCUACGGUUCUUCAUUCAUAUGAAAUGUCAAGGAUGAAGAAGGAAAGUUGUAUUGUGUUUGCGCUGUUUGUUUGUUCCACUUUGAUUCAUUUGGCGCAAGCGCAACUGUAUGUGGCGGAAGGAUAUUUUGUUGUUGAGGAUGAAACAGUCCAAAAAUACGUACGUGACAUACCCGGAUCAGCCAGUCCGGCAACAAAGAGAGCACAAGCCAUAACUGAGCUCAACAAAGAUAUUGUCUACAUUUUGACUGAGGUCAAUACAUUGCUCGGAUCAUUGGCGAUGUACGGAGUCAAUGUGGAAGUUCGCAUUAAGAAACUUGAUAUUCUGAGUUCCAAUAUUAUUCCUUCCAGUGCUCUUCUACCUGGCACAGAAAAUGUUGCACCGUCAGAAAAUGCAAUGGCGACAUUCGAAAAUUGGCUUGUGGCGCAAAAUUCCUACAAUACUUUACAAUACGACUUUGCUUAUUUUUGGACAGGGUAUGAUCUACGUGGCGAUACUGACGAGGAAGGUAGAACACAUACAGGGACAAUCUGUAACUCACCAUAUGAUAUCAGUAUGUCAGAGUUUGACAGGACUUACAUCACAGCGCUGGUCACGGCUCAACAGAUAAGUCAAUUACUUGGCUCGCAACACGCUGGUGUGUACUCAAGCGGUGAGAAUCGUUGGUUAUUCUCAAGUGCUGUUGCUGGUGAUAUUAAAACUAAACUGACAACUCUCUCGCCUAAUUGUCUCCUGGUAACUAGCGCGACGUCAACGAAACCAUUCGUAGAAGUGUAUGAAUACGACGGACAUAUCCUGAACCCUGACAUCACGUGCCAGAGACGUUUGAACUUCUCCAGUUCUUACAUGUGCACUGGAUGGCAUUUAUACCAUGACCUGGCCACUGGUGGUGAUAGGGUGUGCUCAACCAUCUAUUGUAACGAAAAGGACACAACCUAUUGCUCACAAGUUGUAACCCCAGAGGGCAUGAUAUGCGAAUCAGGAAAGAGAUGUCGACACGGUAGCUGUGUUGUUGACAUACAUACUCCAACAAACAUAGAUCCAAUGUGUGUUUUUGGUGAUCAGAGUAAAAUAUCAAUUGGUAACUUCACUGGGACAUGCCAUGAGUAUAUAAGAAUGUUCAGUGCCAGAGUCUGUUACGACAGUUUUAUCGAUCAAGUCUGUUGUAUGUCGUGCAAGGGUCAUCACACAGGGCGUACUGGUUGUGAAUAUGGUGACAGGAACGAUAAUUGCCACGCCUACCCUUCAUCGAUUUGUUCUGAUGCACAGAAUCAAUAUGCAUGCUGUGAUUUCUGCUCAGUGGUGGUCGGAAAACGUGUGAUUGAGAAGCCUAAGACAUUUCACAUAGGUCAGGGACUUAGGGUUGCCAACUUAUCGAGAGUAGAACCAACUGAAGAAAUCACCAAAAAGUGAGAGAAAAGGAAAAGUGACAACUGUUGUGUAAUUUCACUCUCUCUGUCGUCGAAACUAAUAAAAACAUGACCUAUACUUA